AUUAGCAAGGUCCGUCAAGCAGCCAUCAUAAAAGGCCACGACGUUCUUGAUCCCAUUCUGCUGUUGCACACUUGCACCUGCACACGACACGAGCGAGGGGCGCAUCCAUGGUCUCUCACAACCUCUCCUCCUACCUCUCACUCACCAUCCUCACACAUGUCUUGCUUGCUCUUGCGCCGCUGGUCUCUAGCGACAUGCUUUGGCAAGACUGUGUCAGCGACUGGAAUUACACAGCUAACAGCACCUACCAGUCCAACCUAAAGCUUCUCUCCACUACGCUCCCCAAGAAGGCCACCACAUCUCCCAGCCAGCUCUUCGCCACGGACACCGCCGGCGCGAUCCCGGACACCAUCUACGCCCUCGCGCUCUGCCGCGGUGACACCAACACCUCGGCUUGCGCCGCCUGCAUCGCCAACGCCUUCCGGGACGCGCAGCAGGUGUGCGCGUACGUGAUGGACGUGACCGUCUACUACGACCCCUGCAACCUCCGCUUCUCCAACCAGAACUUCCUGACCUCCAUCGACAACACAAAGCAGCUGAUCAAGGGCAACGGGGAGAACGUGACCUCGCCGGCGGCGGCGUUCGAUGCCGCCGUGGGUGUUCUCCUUAGCGCCGUCGUGGAUUAUGCGGUGCUGAACUCGUCGGUACGGUUCGGCACAGGAGUGGAGGACUUCGAUACCAACAUCCCCAGCAUCUAUGCCAUGGCUCAGUGCACGCCAGACUUGUCGCCGGAUGAGUGCCGGGCCUGCCUCGAUUGUAGGGAGUACCUAUUUACUUAUCUGAUAGGUCAUUCUCCAGGAGGAUCGGGAAUCAAAUCAAGUACCCUCUUAUCUAUUGCACUGGGAAUAGUUUCUUCAGCAUUGAUUGCCAGUUUAGUCGUCAUUUGUGUCUGGAACAAGAGAAAACCACGAGUGUUACUACUACCAGAUUUGUCUAACACUGACAGCAUGCAAAGUGUUAAUUUGCCCCUACUUGAUCUCUCAACACUGAAAGUUGCAACAGAGAACUUUUCUGAAAGAAAUAAAAUUGGGGAAGGAGGAUUUGGUGCAGUCUACAAGGGAAAACUUCCUGAUGGUGAACAAAUAGCAGUAAAAAGGCUCUCACAAGGUUCAAGACAAGGAAUAGGGGAGCUAAAGAAUGAGCUUCUUUUGGUUGCUAAGCUUCAUCACAAAAAUCUUGUACGGCUUGUCGGAGUUUGCUUGGAGGAACAUGAGAGGCUUGUUGUCUAUGAAUACAUGCCCAACAGAAGCCUUGACACACUUCUCUUUGACGCUGAGAAGAGUAAGGAUCUUGACUGGGGGACGAGGUUUAGAAUAAUAAGUGGAAUUGCCCGAGGUUUACAGUACGUUCACGAAGAUUCACAAUCGAAGAUAAUCCACCGGGACCUCAAGGCAAGCAAUGUUCUGUUGGACUUGGAUUUGAAUCCAAAAAUUUCAGAUUUUGGUUUGGCUAGGCUAUUUGAACAAGAUCAAACAAAGGAUGUUACCAACCGCGUCGUCGGAACAUUUGGAUACAUGGCACCAGAAUAUGCCAUGCGUGGGCAAUAUUCCGUCAAGUCCGAUGUGUUUAGCUUUGCUAUUUUAAUUAUAGAGAUUAUAACAGGAAGACGAAAUUGUGGCUUCUACAAUUCUGAUCAGUCCAUUGACCUUUUAGCUAUUAUAUGGGAGCACUGGGCCAAUGGAAGAAUUCUAGAGACAGUUGAUCCAUUCCUUAGCAGCUUCUCUGAAGAUCAGGUUCGGACAUGUGUUCACAUCGGACUGCUAUGUGUUCAACAGAACCCUAUAGAUCGACCAACGAUGUCAGCGGUGAAUGUCAUUCUUAGUACUGAUGCUUCUUCCUCUCUCCAAAUCCCGUCCAAGCCUGCAUUUUGCAUCCAGGAUAUCAGCAAUGAAUCCGAGACACAGCAAGAAGUUUCCACAGCUAUGCAAACCAGAAGUCGUGUCAACAAAUAAGGUGUCAUUCACAGAACUUGAGCCAAGAUAAGAGGAUGUAUGAAAGUAUGGAACCGAGAAACUAUGAUAGUACAUAAUAGAAAUUAUAUAUGGCAGUCCUCGAAUUACAUGUGCUGCGCGGCUAUUAUAUAUAGAUGCAUACUGAAUAAUUCCUGUGCUGCAAAAAUAAUUAUGAUAUACAGCAAGGUCAUCAAAUUGGACGAA